GGUUGCAUUGGGACCACGGUGAAUCGAGGCCCGGCGGAAGCGGCAUUCACGUUUCUGAAACCAGAUUUAUUACCAAUUCAUCCUCAAUCCGUGUCCUUACCCGGAUCCCCUCCGAUUCUGGACAUUACAGGUUAUGCAGACGCACAAAACAAACUGCGCGUCUGUUUCCGCCGCCUGUUGCAGUCCUCUCACCAAGCCAUCUGCUUGAAUCGCAAGGUGAUCGGUCCGGACCAACUUGAAUACCACCUUGAAAUGGAGCGUCAGUAUAACCAACUGGAAUCUCAAUUGAAACCCCUGUUGGAGCUCGUCUGAUCACGGACAUCACGAAUGAUGUGCAACGACAACAAGAAAUUACUGAUUAUUGCCUCAUUCAGCGACUCUAACGAUAGCUGCUUCGUCUUUCGUUGCGUUUUUCUCGCACGCAAUCAUUUUUUCAAUCCUUACUGUGUCAUACCACUUUUUGCGAGAUUGCACCUUAUGUUCUUCCUCAUUACCGUUACUGCAGUUCAUCACUAUUGUGUAAACUAUUUUCUCACUUUCCUAACCGUUUUCAUGGUUCUUUUCCUCCUACCACACAUCCACACAUUAUUAUUUUGCGUACUGUCAGCGCACCUGAUCCAAUGAAUUCAAGUUGCACACUUUCAACGGUAGUUCGUCC